CUUAUUAUUAAACAUAUUUUCGCGUUCUGAGAUUUAUAAUUUCAUUAUAGUAAUUUUAAAGACCUAAAAAUAUGUGUUCAGCGUUGAUGUAACUUUAAAUUUGUAUUAACUAUUCUUUCUUCUUACGAAUUUAAAUAUUAAUUAAUUAUAUUCAGAUAUUAGCUCUGCAUUAACUAUGAAGAUGACGUUUUCCUGGGUGAUAUAUUCAUUUUUAAUUUUCGGAACUGGAAUUUUGUGUGACCAUAAACUUGAAAGACGACAAGCUGGACCAUCUUGCUCACUAACCACCAAGGAUACUUUUAGUUGUUCUGAUGGACAGUGUAUUGUAUGGUCGUCAGUUUGUGACGGACGAGAAGAUUGCUCAGAUGGUUCAGACGAAAACAUAGAACUGUGUAAUCGAUAUGAGUAUGGAAUGAACAAAACGAUAGAAUGCGGAAGAUUAAAUAUCAAUGGAAACCAGGAUAAUAACGCACUUAAUGGGAUAACACCUUGGAAUGUUGGUAUAUAUAGAGAAAAUUUUAAUAGUUCCAAUCAUGAUUUUAUAUGCGGAGGAACAAUUAUAGGUCCAAAAUUCAUCGUUACAGUUGCUAAAUGUCUUUAUGUAUCAAGUAAUCUCAAUGUUAAAAGAUUAGAAGUAUAUAACUCCUUUUACAAAGUUUCGAUUGGAAAAUACGUUAAAAAUCUCACACAAGCUGAUAAUAAAUUUAUUCAAAUAAUUGAUGUGAAAAUUAUUUAUUUAAACGACGAUUUUCAUAUAUUUGAUGAUUUAUUUUACAAUGAUAUUGCUGUUGUUGUGUUAUCGGACAGAAUUACUUUUAGUAAUUUUGUGACACCUGUUUGUAUCGAUUGGUAUGAUAAAUACAAUGUAUUGAAUGGAGCUCAAGGCAAGAUUGUUCCUUAUUGGACACAAAAGAAAAGCUCAAGAAUUUGCUUAUUAAAUUCAUCUUUAACAUUUAUCGACAAUGAUUCUUGUCGAAACACAUAUGGAUUAAAACAUAUGACUGAUGAUAAAUUUUGUGGCAGUUCUUCUAUGGAAAAAAGAAAAGAUUUGAUGUAUUUUGGCACAGGCAUCACAUUUUUACACUCUAAUAACUCUCAUUUUUUAACCGGAGUAGCAACAAACAAUAAUAAAGUCAAUAAUAAUACGAUCGUAUACUUGUACAGAUAUCCAUUGAAGGAAUUAUAUAUUCUUAUGAGAUCAGAUAACAUUUUAGCUCCUGGAACAUUAGUUAAUAAGUAUCGUACCGUUAUUGAGAACUGUGAUGUUGGAUAUUAUAAAGCUUACCCAAGAAGUUUUAGAGUUUGUCAGGGAAACGGUAAAUGGACCUUGACUUCCGAGAAAUUGUGUUUUAAAAGAUGUCCGCCUCUAUUAUCAGAGAGUUUAGAUAUUAAAUGUACUUUAAACGGUAACUAUGCUAAUUGUUCAAAUCCAUCGACACCCGAAACAAUAGCUGUACCAUCGUGUAAGCCAACCCAUACAUUACCAAAUGGAAAAGAAGAGACUCCAAUUGAAUUAAUUUGUCAGUCUAAUGGAAUGUGGAAUAAACAACUAUAUAAAUGCAAUUCAAAUUGUGGAAGAGUAUAUACUAAUGGCAAAAUUUCGAUGUCCAACGGCAAAACAGCUGUCGUUGGAACAGCACCUUGGAACGUUGGGAUAUAUCGAUUAAAUAAAGAUACUUCCAAAUAUGACUUGAUAUGCGGAGGAUCAAUAAUUGCUCCAAAUCUAGUAGUUUCUGCUGCUCAUUGUUUUUGGUACCAAGAGAUAUUAUCUAAUAAAAUAUCAAUAAACGACGAUUCAUAUAAAGUUGCUGUUGGAAAAUAUGAUAAAAAUUUCACAGUAGUUGACAAUGAAUUUACUCGAAUAAUGAAUAUUGAAAUUAUUUACUUAAAUGAACAUUUUUCUGGAGCUCGUGGCUAUUUUGCCAAUGAUAUAGCUGUUAUUGUGUUAUCGAAUAGAGUUGCUUUUAGUAAUGUUGUUGCACCUAUUUGUGUCGAUUGGACUGGUAAAUACAAUAUAUUGAAUGGAGUUGAAGGAAAGAUUGUUGGCUGGGGAAAUACAGAAAUGGGUACAGCAAGUUCAUUUUUAUUAGAAACUUAUUUACCAUACCUCGACCAGAAUUCUUGUCGAGAUACUUAUACGAAUGGAUUUGAUAUAUUUGUAACUCUUGAUAAGUUUUGUGCUGGAUCUACGUUGGUUUCAGGACAAUACUUGGAUGAAGGAGAUAGCGGUUCGGGUUUAUCAUUUUUACACUCAAAGUCUUAUUAUUUAACCGGUGUAUUGAGUCUUAUAGAAUCAUCCUCCAAUAACUCAAUUGCCCUUUUUACGGAUAUUAAACACCAUAUUCUAUGGAUUCGUCGACUGUAUAACAGACUUAUUUCUCCAGGUAUUAUCAGUGUUCAUUAUAUUUUGUUCGUUAAUUUACGUUCUGAAUUGACUAUGACGGUGAUACAUUUCUGGUUGAUAUAUUCAUGUCUAAUUUUAGGAACUGGAAUUUUGUGUGACCAUAAACUUGAAAGACGACAAGCUAGUACAAGAUGCUCAAAGACUUCCAAAAAUACUUUUAGUUGUUCUGAUGGACAGUGUAUUAUAUGGUCGUCAGUUUGUGACGGACGUAAAGAUUGCUCAGAUGGUUCAGAUGAAAACAAAGAAUUGUGUAAUCGAUACGAGUACGGAAAGAGUAAUAUAGAAUGCGGUAGAGUUUAUACCACUAGCAACUCAGUAUCGAGCACCAAUGAUAUGAAAACACUUUUUCGAAGAGCACCGUGGACUGUUGGAAUAUAUGUGAAAUAUAGAUGGACUUCCUAUUAUAUUUAUGUAUGUGCAGGAUCAAUAAUUGGUCCAAAACAAAUCGUAUCUGUUGGUUCAUGUCUUUGGGAAUCAUCCUAUUUGCCUUCCAAAAUAUCAAUAAAGGACAUGUUCAAAGUUGCUAUUGGAAAAAACUUGAAAAGUUUCCAUACAAAUUUCGAAACAGUUGACAAUGAAUUCACUCAAAUAAUGGAUGUUGAAACUGUUUACGCACAUGAAAAAUUACAUGAUGAAAAUAAACAACUUAUUUAUGAUAUAGCUGUUGUUGUGUUAUCAAAAAAAAUUACUUUUAGUGAUUAUGUGACACCUGUUUGUAUUGAUUGGAGUGGUAAAUACACUAUAAGGAAUGAAUCUAAAGGACAAAUUAUUACUUGGAAGUUUGGGGAAGAAUCAUCUUUAUCAGAAACAUCCUUAUCAUAUAUUGACAGUAAAUCUUGUGAAAAUAAAUAUGAACCAAAAAAAAUGGUUUAUCCUAUGGCUAAUGAUACGUUUUGUGGCAUGUCUGAAAUAGGACAAAUCGUUAAUUUAUAUUAUUUCGGCUCAGGAUUAACCUUUGCACACUCAAACAAUUCUCAUUUUUUAACUGGAGCAGGACUUUACAUUGAAGAAACAGAAAUUGAAAAUAGAACAGUCGUACAUUUUACAGAUAUUAUAUACCAUAUUAAUUGGAUUCGUAACAUAUAUAUUAAAUAUUUAGACCAUGAUAUACCUUUUUGCAUUUUACCAGCCGUUGAAGGAGUUAUAUAUUCUUAUGAAGGUUCAAAUGAAAUUUUAGCUCAUGGAACAUUAAUUAAUCAGCAUAAUACCGUAAUUGAGAAUUGUGGUGUUGGAUAUUAUAAAGCUUACCCCAGAGGUUUAAGAGUAUGUCAGGGAAAUGGAAAAUGGUCUUCGACUAUCGAGAAAUUGUGUAUUAAAAUGUGUCCGCCUCUUUUAUCCGAUAGUUUAGAUAUUAAAUGUACUCUUAAUGGUAAGUUUACAAAUUGUUCAAAUCCUUCGACUCCCGAAACAAUAGCCGUGCCAUCGUGUAAACCAACCCAUACAUUACCAAAUGGACAAGAAGAGACUCCAAUUGAAUUGAUUUGUCAGUCUGAUGGAAUGUGGGAUAAUCAGCUAUAUAAAUGCAAUCCACAUUGUGGCAGAGUAUAUACUAAUGGGAAGAUAUUGAUCGCCAAUGGUAAGAAAGCACAAUUUGGAACAGCACCUUGGAACGUUGGGAUAUAUCGAUUAAAUAAAGUGAAUUCAAAUUAUGAUUUGAUAUGUGGUGGAUCAAUAAUUUCUCCAAAUUUAGUCGUUACUGCGGCUCAUUGUUUUUGGUACAAAGGAAUAUUAUCAAAAAAAAUAUCAAUAAACGAUGAUUCAUAUAAAGUUGCCGUUGGAAAAUAUGAUAGAAAUUUCACAGUAGUUGACAAUGACUUUACACGAAUAAUGAAUGUGGACGUUAUUUAUUUACAUGAUCUUUUCACUGGAAAUCAAGAUUACUAUGCUUAUGAUAUAGCUGUAAUGGUGUUAUCGAACAUAGUUUCUUUUAGUAAUGUUGUUGCGCCUAUUUGCAUCGAUUGGACUGGUAAAUACAAUGUGUCAAACGGAGUUGAAGGAAAGAUUGUUGGUUGGGGAAAUACGGAAAAGGGUACAUUAAGUCCCGUUUUAUUAGAGACUUCUUUACCAUACCUUGACCAUGAUUCUUGUCGAGCUAUGUAUACCAAAGGAUUUCAUAUAUUUGUUACUCUCGAUAAGUUUUGUGCUGGAUCUGCGUCGGUUCCAGGACAAGACAUGGGCGAGGGAGAUAGCGGUUCAGGGUUAACAUUUUUGCAAUCAAAGUCUUAUUAUUUAACCGGUGUUUUGAGUCUUAAGCAACCAUCCUCAAAUAACUCAAUCGCACUUUUUACAGAUUUUAAGCACCAUAUUCAGUGGAUUCGUCGUCUGUAUCAAAAACAUAGCUAAGUCCAAUUAGACUAUGGUAAUA